AUGGUGGCGCAUGUCUCCAUGGAAAAGGAUCCGCUCCCUAUGCCCUUUCCCUCGUCUUUGAGAUUCCUGAUCCAGCAGCACCUGGAGCUGCUUCAUGUCCUGCAGGAGAGGGUUCUCAAGAGCCAGUGGCAAGGCAUCAUGGGAGAUGUAUUUCUUCGGCUCACCAGCAAAGAGAGUGAUUUCCUGGAGCACUAUGUGUCCUACCUGAAGGAGCUUCCAGAGUGUGUGUCUGUGGGUGACAUCAUGGGAGAUGACACACGCCCAUCCCUCCACAAUCUGCUUCUCCAGCCUGUGCAGCGCAUCCCAGAAUACCUUGCACUGCUACAGAGCCUGCUGAGACAGACGGAGUCAGAGCACCCUGACUACUACCUUCUGCUGGUGUGUGUGCAGCACCUGCGCUCCUUCACCACACAGCACAACCACCUGCUGCAGCACAACCAGGAGCUGCUCACACACACACACCCGCACACACUCGCCCCGCGCACACACCAACACCAACACCAACACCAACACCCGCACCAACGACUCAUACAGACCCGCAAGGAGCUCAGCAGGUCCUCAGUCAAACAGCUCUACAAAAUGGGGGACUAUGAGCCUGCAAUCAACUACUGUUCCCCCAGUGCUUUACUUGAGCCCAGCAGCCGACGCAGUAAACCAGCCUCCUCCGUCAAGCGCUACCAGGACUGGGAGGCCGAUCCGCACCGCUACGAGCCCGACGUCCCCUCGCCCGUGUCCUUCCUGCAGGACGCCGACGGCCGCCUCAAGUCCCCCGUGGUCCCCCUGCGGAGCAUCCCCGAGAGCGAGGGGGCCGGCUCGGCGCUGGCCUCCGCCCUGGGCGCCUUCCUGCCCUACGAGGGCGGAGACUCCCUGUGCGAGCGCUGCUCCAGCCACUCCCCUUCCUCCGACUCCAGCAUCGACAUCGCCUUCGUGCGCUGCAGCCCCGCGCCCAGCCCACCCCACAAAUCGCACGGCGCCGCCGGCAGCAAGCAGAGCCACGAGGCCAGGGCCUACCGCGUGGGCCGGGGCUGCGUGUCGCCCGACUCCGUGGGGCUGAUGAGACCUCGCCCCCUGCAGGCCGUCCAGCGGAAGAGCAAGUCGCUGAACGGCCUGCAGCUGGACAGCAUCGACAGCUCGGCCCACUCGGGUCGCGGGAUCCACCCCCGGCUGGAGCGGCAGUCCAGCGCCAAGAGCCGCCUGAGGCACCACGACACACACACCGACACGGAGGACCAGACACACGUGACGCACAGCAAGGACUCGGUGAGCCCGUCGCCGUGGGGGGAGGAGCUUAAGUGGAGGGGUGUGGCCGAGGAGAACCACCACACCCCCCUGAGUGAGCGGAGCAGGAAGCAGGAAGGAAAGGGCUUCAGGAGCUCCUUCAAGAAACUCUUCAAGAAGAAGUCAGGUGGUGAGAACAAAGAGAAGGACAAGGAGAAGACAGAAAGUCAGAGCUGUGGUGAUCUGGAGUCAACAAGGUCACCCCGAGGACAUCGUCUGGGAGAGAUUGACCGUGGUACAGCUGUGUGAAAGAGGGUUAGAGAGAUUGACCGUGGUACAGCCGUGUGAGAGAUUGACCGUGGUACAGCCGUG